AUGUCAGCGCGUGUAACGGUUGUGUCCUGUCGUCCUGCAGUCAUCGGCAGAGGAGGUGAACAGAUCACCAGGAUCCAGCUGGAGUCGGGCUGUAAGAUCCAGAUCGCUGCUGACAGUGGAGGUCUGAUGGAGCGGCCAUGUUCCCUGACUGGAACUCCAGAGAGCAUCGAGCAGGCGAAGCGGCUUCUGGUCCAGAUCGUGGACCGCUGUAGAAACGGUCCAGGUUUCCACGGCGACGGUGAAGGCGGAGCCUCUGUGCAGGAGAUGCUGAUCCCGGCCAGUAAGGUGGGGCUGGUGAUUGGUCGAGGAGGAGACACCAUCAAACAGCUGCAGGAGCGAGCGGGGGUGAAGAUGAUGAUGAUCCAGGACGGACCGAUGCCCACAGGAGCCGACAAACCUCUCCGCAUCUCUGGAGACCCGUACAAAGUGCAGGCAGCGAGGGAGUUGGUGUUGGAGGUGAUCCGAGAGAAGGACGGAGACUUCAGGUCGGGACGAAACGACUUCAGCGCCCGUCUGGGAGGAACCAGCCUGGACGUCCCUGUCCCACGCUUCGCUGUCGGCAUCGUGAUCGGCCGGAACGGAGAAAUGAUCAAGAAGAUCCAGAACGAUGCAGGAGUCCGGAUCCAGUUUAAAGCAGAUGAUGGCAUCAGUCCGGAGCGUGUUGCCAUGGUGAUGGGUCAGCCAGACCGCUGUCAGCACGCUGUCCACCUUAUCAACGAGCUCAUCCAGACUGCACAGGAGCGUGACGGUUUCGGCUCGGCCCUGCGAGGCGGGAGGGUCAGAGGUCGCGGUGAUUGGACCAUGGGUUCUCCUGGUCCGCUACAGGAAGUGACCUACACCAUCCCUGCUGACAAGUGCGGCCUGGUGAUCGGCAAAGGUGGAGAAACCAUAAAGAGUAUUAACCAGCAGUCCGGAGCUCACGUGGAGCUGCAGAGGAACCCGCCGCCCUCCACUGACCCCAACACCCGGGUCUUCACCAUCAGAGGCACCGCCCAGCAGAUGGACCUCGCCCGCCAGCUCAUAGACGACAAGAUCGGGGGUUCAGGUAUUAUGAGUAACGGAGGCUUCGGCUUCAGUCCUUUCACCCAGGGUCCUGCUACGCACCAGAAUUGUGGCAGCGGUCAGACCUUCCUGACUGGAGUUUGGGGAAACACCUACCAGACCAGCUGGCAGAACCCUGGACAACAAGACCCUGGUCACAGUGUGGCUCAGACAGGACAGAUGGACUACUCUAAAGCAUGGGAGCAGUACUAUAAGAAGCUAGGUCAGCAGAACCAGCCGCAGAGUUUGAUGACAGACUACAGUAAGGCCUGGGAGGACUACUACAAGCGUAUGUUUGUCUCUGCAGGUCAGUCGUCUCAGCAGAGUUCGGUGCCAGACUACACUGCAGCGUUAGCAGAGUACUACAGACAGCAGCCCUACAUGUGGAACCCCGCCCAGAUACAGGAUCACUAGAGGCUCCUCCCUCAUCGGAUGGUCGUCGACGGCAACCGAAUCGGGGUUUCCUAGCAACGCUCUGCCGCUUCCUCCUUCCUUUUGUAGAGAAAACUAAGGAUUAACUGAAAAAUCACGAACUCUUUUCUUUCUGUUUUUUAACCUUACAAAGUUGAUAUUUUGUCGGGCAGAUUUUUUUGGACUAGCCUCUGGUCUCCACAAUGUAGACCUGGUUUUUCUUUUUGUUUUAUUUUUUAUCAAACUUGAACUUAAAGAUGUAUCAGUGUGGCUUUGAACAAAAAAAAUCCAGUAUAAUCUAUAUUUUGUCUAGUUUUAUUUUCCAAUAAGAAAACGGUAUAAGGCUUAGCAGUCUUGAGUAAGAAAAUCAGAUAUUAUUAUUAUUAUUUUGUUUAUGAUAAUGUUUUAAAGCAUGCGUCAGAUUGUGUGUGUUGACUCUCAGUUAUUUUUUUUUUUUAUUUUGGCAUAGAAAUAUUUUUAAUAGCGUCAGAUGGAAAUUCAAUGUUUUACCGUCAAAGACAAAACUGUUUUUUGUACUAAAUUUGUGCUCGCUGGGUCUGUUUGUUCUCGAUCUAAUUUUACCUGUUUAGUCGCCAUCUUGGAGGUGCAAUGACGCGUUUAUUGUUUUCUUUUGGUUUGAUGAUAGUUCUUAUUCCUGUAUCUCUAUAGUGAUUCUUUAGUUUUUAUGAUGUAAUGAUGAAUAAAUGACGAUUUAUAUUGCGUUGUCUAAAGCCAGAUCUCUCUGUGGUCAAACAGUUUGUGUCCUACACAGAUUUAAACCUCCAGCCGACACCACGUUUCCCCGCCUCAACUUUCAUUACAAAAAAAGGGGAAAAAAGACUAUUUUCUUACAAAGUGAAACUUUAUUAUUGUUGUUGUUUCUUAGUUCUGCAUUUCUACUUUGCCGAUUUGUUUGUAGAAGAAGUGUUAGGAGCUGAACAAUGAAGUUAUUGAUUCUAUUAGCAAUGUAGUGGCUAAACUAGCACGUUCGCUAAACGUGCUAGCUAGCUGAACAAACGAUGUUUUUCAGCAAAAAGAUGUGCGUUACCUCAACUGUGUGUUAGCUGGAUGAAUGUGUGUUGGUUGUUUCGGUUAGCUGUGUUUUAUGAGCUGAAAGGUGUCUGUUAGUGAAAAUAUGUGUUGUCUGAGCACUGUGCGUUAGCUUUGUGCGUUAGCUGUAUGUGUUAGCUUGGCGGUGUAAGUUAGCUUUUACUGAAUAUGCACAUUACAUAUUUUUGUUAAUGGAAUGAGUUUCUGUUUGUAAGCAGAGUCUGCUGGUUGUUUUACGAACUUAACUUUGCAGCAAUUGUGACAUUUUGUAAAAGUGAGAGAAAAACAUUGGUGUCAGCCAGCUAGCUGUAAUUCAGAAUUGGAGAUUUGUGAAUUUCUUAAAGCCAUCUCACGUUUAGAUUUAAAAAGAAAAGUAAAUUAGGACUUCACUGAGCCUUCGCUGGUAUUAACAUAUAAAUAACCGUAAUAAAAAUGAAAGAAGCGUAAUAAAAAUGAAAGAAGCUAUGUAUCUUUUUUUCAGUCUUUAUUCUUUAAUUGGAUCUCCAUUAGCUUCCACUAAAUGCUCGCUAGUUUUUCUGGGUUCCACACAAAAACAGUCAUAAUUUAAAAUGAAACUGUCAGUAAAACUAAAACAAGCCAAAUUUGAGGAUCAGUAAAUACAUUAAACAUAAGAAACAAUAAACAAGGGUGGCAUACAAUAAUAAAUAACAAUUUUAAAAAAAUCCUUUUCUUUUAAGAUUAAUCUAUUUUUCUUUGACUGACUUUUUAAACUAAAUUUUACUUUUGGUCUUUCUAAUGUCUAAUCUUACAAGUUAGGGUUAGGGUUAGAAAGUUGCUGUGAAACAACAAAAAAUAGUCAAACAGUCAGAAUAUAUCAGUAUGACCAAAGUCCCCCCCAUUCUCCCAAAAUGGCACGAAUGCAUUAGCUGAAUUUUUGUGAGCGAGGUUAAAUUGCUGCAACAAUGUCAAACAAUAAAAAGUAGCGUAUCUGGGCUUUUUGACCAUUUACCUACGAUUACUAUCAAACAUUAACACCAACAACUUUUCAGUUAUUUAAUUUUUCAGUGUUCUCAAAUUCUCUGCGUUUUUCCCCCGAGACGGCACAAAAGUGAAUAUUCGUUAGCUACUGCGCUGAUAGAUUGAACAAGCUAGCUAAAGUAAACGUUAGCAAAACUGUGUGUUGUAGCUUAAUGGUGCAUGUGCGUUAGCUAAACUGUGUAUUGCGUUCCCUAAACUUGUGUGUUAGUCGAAUGGUGAGUGUGUGUGUGUGUGUGUGUGUGUGUUAUUUGUAUAUUGUGGCUGGAUUAUGCUUCUCGCAGAUGUCGCGGCUAUUUUUAUACAAACUUUGAUUCUGUUUCGAACCCACCUCCAAACAGGAUUUUGUAUCUACCCGUUAGCUUGUUUAGAACGAGCAAGAUUUGCGAAACACGUCAUUUCGGAGACGUUUUCAUGGCUAUUUUAUACAUGUAUGAAUGUGAAAGUAUUUUUUAGCUUCUCUUUUUUGACACAUACCAACAGGAUUUUUUGUAAACCUUAGAAUUAGCUUAACACACUUAGAAUUUGUAAGACUUGUUAGUUAGCCCACAGUUAACACCAUAAAUUUCAGAUGUUUGUGUGUAUCUUUGUAGAGGUGUAAUUUCAGCUUUAGCUGUAUGUUUGACAGCGUUGUGUGUUGAAUGUGUGGUGUGCAUUUUUGUGCAUUAGCUCAGCGUUGUGUUUGUUAUCUGAGCGCUGUUUGUUAGCUGAACAUUGUGUGUUUGUUAGCUGAGCAUUGUGUGUUUGUUAGCUGAGCGUUGUGUGUUUGUUAGCUGAGCGUUGUCGUGUCGGACCACAGAGAGGUUUGUCUUGCGUCGAGGGCGAUCUGGCGGCUGUUGAGUUGAAUAUUGAAUCAGUGGUUCUGCUUCUUCUUGUAUGUGUGACGAUGAUGAUAAUAAUAAUGACGACGAUAAUAAUGAGUUCUCCUGUACAGGGGUCUAUUUAAAUCUCUUUAUCCAGUUUUGAAUAUUCAGUUUGUGGAUAAGAUAAUAUGGUUUGUGUAAAUUUCCACUCUCUGGCGGGUGCUCUCCAGUUAAAAAUGUACUUUGUUAUCCUGUUAAAAAUGAUAUUGUUUAAUUCACAUGAUGUGUCUAACCGAUUUGCAAAGAGAAGCUGAGUAUGUUAUUUUCUCAAGACUGCUAGGCUAACUGUCUCUAUUUCUUCUUGUCCAUCUGUCUCCGUCCGUCCGGAAUUCGCCACGUUUGAAAAGUUGGUGAUUUUUCAACACGUCUGUAAUCGGACCAUGUGAUUACAGCUGAGCGUUAUCGUCGCAGGCGUGUUGAACAGUCCCGCAGCUCGAUGGCGUGGCCGCUCCGUGACGAGGAGAGCUGUAGUGAGGGGGUUUUACUCCCCAAAAAAUAAUUAAAAAACACCGCAGUGGACGGCGGCCUGGUGUCCAGCCCCAGUUCCAGGCUCAGUGUUGACUGUUAAAUCAGUAACCAUCUGGUCAGCGGGUCAAACCGAGCCUCCCUAACGUCCCAGAACCAGGACUGGACACGAUAUCGCCCGUCCACUCCGGUUUAGAUCUUCCUAGUCCCGACCCCUCGUCCUGAAGGGGUGACGGGAGGCUAUUUGGUUUCCUGGUUUCUGUUGUUUUUCUAAUGGACAGACGUCCUAACUGUAACCUGCAGAUUUUUCUAUUAGAUUCUAUUGACAGAUAGAGUUGUGUAUGAACCCGAGCCACGAGACUGUCGGUGGCCGAGGAAGAGGAAGAUGGAUGAUGAUGAUUAACAUGAGGGCUAAUAAAAAGGCUCAUUCUUUCUGA